AUGAAGAAGCUCUUCAAGUGCCUGUGGAUCUUACUGGGAUUUGUAUUGGUUGUGGAAAGAGCAAAUGGACAAGAAGAGAAUGCAGCACUUUGGGGCAAAACUACUCAGUCCUCAAGUUAUGGAAUCGGUUACCCUGAACUUGCGCUUGAUGGUUUGGUCGGCACCUGGUCUCACACUAACACAGAGACCGACCCGUGGUGGAGAGUGGAUCUACUGAAGGUAUACUGCGUGAACAGAGUGACCAUCACUAACAGAAACAGCCAUGCUUUGAGGAUAAACGGAGCUGUGAUUCGCGUCGGGAACUUCCCUGACAUUUACAGCAACACCAUAUGUGCUGUAAUUUCCAGUCUUGCGGUUAGCGCUACGGCCACUUUCUCAUGCGGCGGGAUGGUGGGACGUUACAUGGUUGUUCAUAUUCCUGGAAAUGACAAGAUUCUUAGUCUUGCUGAGGUUGGAGUCUAUGGGGAUUUGGCAGGAAAUCGGGCAGUAAGAGGAGCCGCUACACAGUCGUCAACAUUUGGGGACUGGUUUGCUGGAAAGGCCAUUGACAGUAAUCGAGGUCUUCAGCAGUUGAAUACCGGAUGCUCCUCAACCCUUAGUCAGACUAACCCGUGGUGGAGGCUGGAUCUGCAUGAUGUGUACCGAGUUAGUAAUGUGGUCGUCACUAACAGACAAGACUGCUGUGCAGAACAAAUAAACGGAGCGGAGAUUCGCAUCGGGAACUCUUUGGAGAACAACGGCAGCAACAAUCCCAUAUGUGCUGUUAUUCCUGAUAUUCCAGCAGGCGAGUCCUACAACUACUCAUGUGAUGGGAUGGUCGGACGUCAUGUGAUUGUUCAUAUUCCUGGAGAUCAGAAGAUUCUUACAUUUUGUGAGGUUGAAAUCUACGGGUAUUUGUCAGAAAAUCUGGCGGUAGCUGGAGCCGCUACACAGUCGUCAACAUCUGGGGACGGGUUUGCUGAAAAGGCCGUUGAUCGAGGUCUCCAGCAGUUGUACACGGGAUGCUCCUCAACCCUUAGUCAGACUAACCCGUGGUGGAGGCUGGAUCUGCGUGAUGUGUACCGAGUUAGUAAUGUGGUCAUCACCAACAGACGAGACUGCUGUGCAGAACAAAUAAAUGGAGCGGAGAUUCGCAUCGGGAACUCUUUGGAGAACAACGCCAACAACAAUCCCAUAUGUGCUGUUAUUCCUGCUAUUCCAGCAGGUGAGUCCUACAACUACUCAUGUGGUGGGAUGGAGGGACGUUAUGUGAAUCUGAUCAUUCCUGGAGACAUGAAGACACUCACUCUCUGUGAGGUGAAGGUCUAUGGAGAAGUUCUCUGUUUAAAAAGGUCAUUUGUAAAAAUGCAGUUUAACUCCAUCAAUGAUUUGACUGACCCUUCAAUGAGAGAAAAUGUUCUGAAACAGUUGGGAUCUGCUCUUGCUGAAAGAGGAUUCACAGAUGUGACACUGCGAUGGACUCAAACUCUAAGUCCUAAACGGGUGAUCCAGAAGGUGAACAAUGCUAAACGUACUUGUGAGAACAGAAAAUUCCCUUGAAAUCAACAGUCUUCGACUCUCUACAUUAAUAUUGAUCUGAUUCUAAAUACACAAAAUAUUUUUUUUCAUAAUGACAUGUUUUGAGUGUAAAGACCCCAUGUGUUAAAAC